AUCUUUCUUCUCUUUAAGCUCUGCGACUGCAAAAGAAAAUUUCAGAUGAAAACUUUGGAAUUAGCUUUACCUCCAUCUCCACCGUCUUUAGUUCCUUCUUUUAACUACAAUUCCACCGCACGAAGCGUCGGGAAUGAUGUCAGAACCAACUUCGAUGUUCAACUUUUUCUAAGGAAACCUAAACACCAAAAAUCAGAACCUGUCGUCGUUAUUCAACAACCUCAGAUUCAACCGCAAAAUCCAAGUUCUCGUUGUUCUACUUCUGAUAUUCUCAGACUAAUGGAUUCUCUUUCUUUACCAGGAAACGAAGAUAUUUACUCUUGUCUUGCCAAAGAAUCAGCCAGAGAAAACGAUCAACGUGGAGCUCACGAGCUACAAGUGCAUAUCAUGAAGUCUAGUAUUAGACCCACGAUCACUUUUAUCAAUCGUCUUCUUUUGAUGCAUGUUUCGUGUGGGCGUUUAGAUAUUACACGCCAGAUGUUCGAUAGAAUGCCUCACAGAGAUUUUCAUUCCUGGGCAAUUGUUUUCCUCGGUUGUAUUGAAAUGGGUGAUUACGAGGACGCUGCUUUCCUUUUUGUUUCGAUGUUGAAACAUUCUCAGAAAGGUGCUUUCAAGAUUCCGUCUUGGAUCUUGGGCUGCGUUUUGAAAGCUUGUGCCAUGAUUAGAGACUUCGAGUUAGGGAAACAGGUUCAUGCCUUGUGUCAUAAGCUAGGGUUUAUAGACGAAGAAGAUUCAUAUCUAUCGGGUUCUUUGAUACGUUUCUACGGAGAAUUCAGGUGUUUGGAAGACGCUAAUCUCGUGUUACACCAGCUCUCUAAUGCUAACACUGUUGCUUGGGCAGCGAAAGUUACUAACGAUUACAGAGAAGGAGAGUUUCAAGAAGUAAUCCGCGAUUUCAUCGAAAUGGGUAACCAUGGAAUCAAGAAGAACGUCUCAGUGUUCUCUAAUGUUCUAAAAGCAUGCUCAUGGGUCAGUGACGGUGGGAGAAGCGGGCAACAAGUGCAUGCGAAUGCUAUAAAGCUCGGAUUUGAGUCAGAUUGUUUGAUCCGAUGUCGGUUAAUUGAGAUGUAUGGGAAGUAUGGGAAGGUGAAAGACGCGGAAAAGGUUUUUAAGAGUAGUAAGGACGAGACUAGUGUUAGUUGCUGGAACGCUAUGGUCGCAAGUUAUAUGCAGAAUGGGAUUUACAUUGAAGCCAUUAAGCUUCUCUAUCAGAUGAAAGCAACUGGAAUCAAAGCACAUGACACGCUUUUGAACGAAGCCCACCUUCAGAUGUAACUAACUGUAGAUAAAGAAAAUGAUUGAACCUGAUAUGUAAAUAUAUAUAAGAGU